GGCGACGCCGCUCCCCGCUCGCUCUCCCCGCGCGCACUUCCGCGCAUGGCGCUGCUGCCCCGGGCGCUGGGCGUGGGCGCGACCCCGAGCCUGCGGCGAGCGGCGCGCGCGCUCACCUGCGCCAUGGCGAGUCCCGGCGAGCCGCAGUCCCCGGCCACCGCCGCCGCUUCCUUCGACUACCUGGUAAUCGGCGGCGGCUCCGGCGGGCUGGCCAGCGCGCGGCGGGCGGCGGAGCUCGGCGCCAGGGCCGCGGUGGUGGAGAGUCACAAGCUGGGUGGCACUUGCGUGAAUGUUGGAUGUGUACCCAAAAAGGUAAUGUGGAACACAGCUGUGCACUCGGAGUUCAUGCAUGAUCACGUGGAUUACGGCUUUCAGAGCUGUGAGGGUAAAUUCAAUUGGCAUGUCAUCAAGGAGAAGCGGGAUGCGUAUGUGAGCCGUCUGAACACCAUCUAUCAAAACAAUUUAACCAAGUCUCACAUAGAAAUCAUCCACGGCUAUGCAACAUUUGCAGAUGGCCCUCAGCCCACGGUGGAAGUCAAUGGGAAAAAGUUUACUGCUCCGCACAUCCUGAUUGCCACAGGCGGUGUGCCCACGGUGCCUCAGGAGAGCCAGAUCCCAGGUGCCAGCCUGGGGAUAACCAGCGAUGGCUUCUUUCAGCUGGAGGACUUGCCCAGCCGCAGCGUCAUUGUGGGUGCCGGUUACAUUGCCGUGGAGAUUGCGGGCAUCCUCUCUGCCCUGGGCUCCAAGACGUCUCUUAUGAUCAGGCAUGAUAAAGUACUUAGAAGCUUUGAUUCACUCAUCAGUUCCAACUGCACGGAGGAGCUGGAGAAUGCUGGUGUGGAGGUGUUGAAGUUCUCACAGGUUAAGGAAGUAAAGAAGACGUCAUCAGGCUUGGAACUCCACGUGGUCACUACAGUUCCUGGUAGGAAACCCACCACGACCACGAUUCCAGAUGUUGACUGCCUGCUCUGGGCCAUUGGACGGAACCCAAAUUCUAAGGGCCUGAAUCUAAAUAAAGUGGGCAUUCAGACGGAUGAAAAAGGCCAUAUCCUAGUGGACGAAUUCCAGAAUACCAAUGUCAAAGGCAUCUAUGCCGUGGGAGACGUCUGCGGGAAAGCACUUCUCACCCCAGUUGCAAUCGCUGCUGGCCGGAAACUUGCCCAUAGACUUUUUGAAUGCAAACAAGAUUCCAAAUUAGACUAUGACAACAUCCCUACCGUGGUCUUCAGCCACCCCCCUAUUGGGACCGUGGGGCUCACGGAAGAUGAAGCCGUUCAUAAGUACGGGAAAGACAAUGUGAAAAUCUAUUCGACUGCCUUCACCCCGAUGUAUCAUGCUGUGACCACGAGGAAGACGAGAUGUGUGAUGAAGAUGGUUUGUGCCAACAAAGAAGAAAAGGUGGUUGGCAUCCACAUGCAGGGGAUUGGGUGUGAUGAGAUGCUGCAGGGCUUCGCUGUGGCAGUGAAAAUGGGGGCUACCAAGGCCGACUUCGACAACACAGUCGCCAUUCAUCCUACCUCUUCAGAAGAGCUGGUCACCCUGCGCUGAGAGCCUGGAGACUCAUGUGGUUGUCAAUCCGACCAGCACGCCUCCGGGAGGAACCGAUCAAGUUUACAUCCUGCUUUUAGAUUUCUGUAGUUUAAUCAGGAACUUCCAGUAGUGUAAAUUUCCAGUCUCUCUCUUUCUCUCUCUCUCUCUCUCUCUCACACACACACACACACAAAAUAACUUAUGUGUCUAAUCGUGAGGUUGUUUUGUUGAUCUGGGGCUGGUUUUCGAUUGAUAAUAUUUACAAUAAUUAAUAUUUCGAUUUUUUUUUUUAAUUAACAGCCUUGUGUUUGUUGUGUUUUUCUUCCUUUGGCUCCAUUCCAAGUUUAAAUGUAUAUGACAUACACUCAAGUUAGUGCACCUAAUGGAUGAAUAUAGCGGGCUAAUUUCUUUCUUUUCUUUCUUUUCUUUUUUUUUCUUUCUUUUUCUGUGCAGCCCAGAGUGGCCUCAAACAGCUCACAAUCCUCCAGCUCUAGCGCCAUGGGUGUUGGAAUUCUAGGCCUGCAUUGCCUUUCCUGGCCUAGCUUGUUUUAUAUGAUGGGAAGUCUCCGUCUAUAAAUAUGCAAGUCUACAGAAUAUAUGUGCGGUAUUUUUGUUCUGUAUUGGAAAGCUGCCCCGAGGAUGUUACCUCUCUAUUCUUAUUUUAUCCUUGGCUCUGUUUUAAAUGAUUUAAAAUGGUUUGUAUUACUUUCAUGAAGCGAAGUGCAUUGAAGUUAGACUUGAGGCUGCUUAGGUAAGGGAGAGCUAUUCUGGAGGUGACUCUGCAUCCAGGAGGGGAGGUUGAGGCACCCCAGAGCCCUUCUUUCUGAGUAUUCCUACUUCAGUCGGUCAUUUCAGUAUCUCUUUGUUUUUUGUUAUUUUUUUAUGAAAACUUGCAAAAAUUUGAAAUUCACUGCAUUGUCUUAUAAAAUUUUUGAUAAACUGUA